UUUUGUAAAAUUAUCCUUGAGCUAAAAUCUCCAUAACCAAAGCUUCCUUCCACCAGCACCAAACCAACAAUGGCGUUAACUCCAACUCCCUCUACAUUCACUUCCCUCUUCAAUUUCUCCGAUCAUUCUUCUCAUCCCUCUCCAUCUCUCCAUUAUCUUCUUCCUGGAUCUUCUCCUUCCUUUUCUCUCCAGUUAUCGGCGUUGAGUAGAACUCCGAUCUACUUCGAGGCACUUAAGGUUUUAUCGAGAUCGAAAUGUUUCGCCAAGUCUCCCGCAACCGCCGAGGAUUUCGUUGGCGAUUACGAAACCCUAAACGUUAGCGAUGAUGAUGGCAGUGACAGUAAUAGUAGUGAUGGAGAUAACGGAGGAAGAGAGGAUAUAAAGAAGAUCGAUUCUUCUUCUUCUUCUUCAAGUGAUUCUUCAGCGCUAGGAAUUCGUGAGCCGGUUUAUGAGGUUGUGGAAGUGAAGGCGACUGGAGCAAUUUCUACAAGGAAGAUUAACAGACGACAGCUGCUCAAAUCCAGUGGUCUUCGUCCGAGAGAUAUCCGAAGUGUUGAUCCUUCAUUGUUUAUGACAAACUCAGUGCCAGCUCUAUUGGUCCGUGAACAUGCGAUUCUGCUAAAUUUGGGUUCCCUGCGAGCAAUAGCCAUGCGAGACCGUGUCCUUAUAUUUGAUUAUAACCGGAGGGGAGGAAGGGCUUUUGUAGAUACAUUGAUGCCUCGGCUUAACCCAAGAAGUAUGAAUGGAGGACCGUCUAUGCCAUUUGAACUCGAGGUUGUUGAAUCAGCGCUUAUAUCAAGGAUACAACGAUUAGAGCAAAGGCUUAUGGACAUUGAACCCCGUGUCCAAGCUCUUCUUGAAGUUUUGCCCAAUCGCUUAACUGCUGAUAUAUUGGAGGAACUUCGUAUUAGCAAACAAAGACUGGUUGAAUUGGGCUCCAGAGCUGGAGCUCUUAGACAAAUGCUCCUGGAUCUUUUAGAGGAUCCCCAUGAAAUACGCCGCAUAUGCAUCAUGGGAAGAAAUUGCACUCUUAGAAGAGGAGACGAUGAUUUGGAGUGUACGUUACCCUCAGACAAGCUGAUUGCCGAGGAAGAAGAGGAGGAAAUUGAAAUGCUCUUGGAGAACUAUCUGCAAAGAUGUGAGUCAUGCCAUGGACAAGCAGAAAGACUUCUGGAUUCUGCAAAAGAAAUGGAAGACUCAAUUGCUGUCAAUCUAAGUUCUCGGAGGCUUGAGGUCAGCAGAUUCGAGCUGCUUCUUCAGGUCGGUACAUUCUGUGUUGCAGUUGGUGCUCUCAUCGCAGGUAUAUUCGGCAUGAACUUGAGGUCCUAUCUUGAAGAACAAGCUUCUGCAUUCUGGCUAACAACAGGUGGAAUCAUCAUAGGCGCUGCAGUCGGCUUCUUCCUCAUGUAUUCCUAUCUCAGUAGACGAAAAAUCUUUUGAACCUUCAAUCCUAAAAGACGGAACAAGAGGUAAACCCGUCUUUUCUUCUUCGCAUUUCCGUUUUCCUUUGCAUAUGAUAAAGAGAGCUCAAAAUAAAUGUAUAUAUUACAG